AUGCUUCCACCCGUGACAAACACGAUACGUGAUGGUGUAGGGUUGACUCCUAUAGUCAAACUUACACCUCAUAAGAAGGUCCAUCUGUUGGCCAAGUUAGAAUACACGAAUCCGACUGGCAGUAGUAAAGAUAGACUGGCCAAGUAUCUAUUACAAGAAAUCGAGAAAAAGAAAACGUUUGAUAAACCCAUCAAGACAUUGAUUGUACCUACUUCAGGUAACUUGGGUAUCUCUUUAGCCACUUUGGCUCAACAAGCCUAUCGUAUCAUUGCCAUCUUGCCCGAACGUACUUCCAACGAUCGUAUUGCAUUAUUGAAAGCGCUAGGUGUUGAAAUCUUGCGUUCACCUAAUGAAGUUCGGCCUGAAGCACCUGAAAGUGCUCAUUCAGUCGCUGCUCGUUUAGCUGAACAACUGCCAGAUGCGAUGGUGUUGGAUGAAUCUCAAUUGCGUGAUUGGACAGCCUAUCAUGAUCUAGCAGAAGAAAUCCUUCAACAGACUCAUGGGGAACUGGAUCAUGUCUUUGUAGGUGUUGAAUCAGGUGCUACCGUGACAGGUUUGGCGCGUUACUUGAAGUCCAAAAUACCUGAUGUGAAGGUCAUUGGUGUUGCACCUGUCGAUUCUGUCUUUGGAGAACAAAGUCAUCCUGUUCGUUGUGAUUGGAAAAUAGAAGAUUUAGGCAACACCAGUAUGCCUGCCAGUCUUGAUCCUUCUGUGGUCGAUGCAUGGAUUAAAGUAUCAGACCAAGAAGCGUAUUCGAUGGCACGUCGCCUUAUUCGUCAAGGCAUCUUGGGUGGUCCUUCUUCAGGCGCUGUGAUGGCUGCUGCCAUACGUCAUGCUGACACUAUCACAGAUCACACAGCACACGCUGUCAUUGUGUUGAAUGAUUCAGCCAAAAACUACACUAGUACUCUCUUGUCGGAUGAUUGGCUGUUUGAGCAUGCAUUGGCAGAUGACACCAUCACGCGUGAAUUAGAAUACCUUGCUCAGGAUAGAUACAGAGCAGCCAGCGUAGAAGAUCUACAGCUACCUGCUGCCUUGACCAUUGAACCGAGUACGACCGUAUCGCAUGCUUUGGAUUUAAUGCUUCAAAGAGAAUACUCUCAAUUACCAGUGAUUCGUCAUCGUAAAUUAGUAGGAUAUGUGUCUAUGGCCAGCCUAGAAGAUCAUUUGGAAAAGGGUACCACUGCCUUGACAGAUCCUGUCGAGAGAUCCAUGUUUUCAUUCAAAAAGACUAGCAGUGGUGCCUAUCAAGUUAUUACGCCUGAUACAAGUUUAGCUGAUUUAGCCAAAUUCUUUGAAAAGAACUCUUUUGCUGUGAUUACAGAUGCUCAACGUAAAUGGUGUUUAGGUGUAGCUACGAAAUAUGAUUUGAUUAGCUUUUUGCAUCGACGUCAAUUCUUGUAA